AUGAACCCACAAAAAGGAGAAAAUCAAAGCAAGCAUAAUCGACGACACGAUAACAAUGGUCGGAGUUCAAUCAAUACGGUGGUGGGUGGGAUGAGGAGCGUCGAUUCCGGUGUCUGCAAAAUCAAUGUAUUUGUCGUUUUCCUUGGAUGUGACGGUGAAAUUGGUGUCGAUUUCGGUGACAACGUUUUAAAAAAUAGAAGAUACAAAGUAAGAUUUCUUUUCCCCCAAUUUCAUCGCCAUUCUAGGUCUUAUCAAAUCAAAAAAUCGAAUUUCACCGCAGGUGGUAGAGUCUUGCGCCGGAGUACCGAAAGAUCGCAAAACUCAGCCAACUGGUGGAGACUUUACCGGAGAACUUACAGCGGAAUGUCGAAUUCGGAGGGUUCAUCUACUGCAACGCCCAUCUCCUCCUCUAAUAUUGGUUUUCAGCUGCUGAAAAAACACGGUUGGAAAGAAGGAACCGGCCUUGGUAUUUCUGAACAGGGAAGGUUGGAGCCUGUGCAGGCAUUUUUAAAGAAGAACAAACGAGGGUUGGGUGCAGCAGAGAUAAAGAAACCACAGAACACAGGGGAUCAAAAAAACUUGGCUUCUGAUAAGACUAAUGAUAAAUUAUCAAAGAAAAGUAAAGCAAAGUUGUCAAAGAAGAUGAAGAAAGCUCAAGAAAUUGAGAAGAGGAAACGAGACGAACGAAAGGUGAUCGUAGCCAUCAAGAACACAAUCAAAGAUCAAAGAUCAAAGAUCAAUAUCAUAACUUUCUGUUGCGUGAUUCAAAUGGUUCAUUAG